CUGCUCACAGAGGGUGGAUGUGUUGUGCUCAGUGCUGGACGGUUAUUAUCAUCCUACACAAGGAGGACAAAUUGAGGACCUUUCCAACUUGGCACUGGACACUUGUCUAAGGACGUUCAAGUCAAAUGCCUGACAGAGGAUGGAAACUCUUACAGGAUAUUUCUGCCUUGGCACAAGCAAACCAGGGCUAAGGGGUGUGACUUUGGUUUCUUGAAGCGACUCCUAUACAAACUGUGAUACGUCGAAACAUCAGGAAAAGUCCGGAGAGCACCUGUUCUUGUACAAGCACCAACUCAUUCUCAUUGUAUCUGGAAUCGCUUGCUGAGAAAUACAACUUGGACGAAGUUCUAAAUUAGGAACGUGAUCAUUGUGCUUUGUGGGAAGCAAUCAGAAGUAUUCUUGUUUUGGGGUAAAUACUGAAAAGAGAAGAAGACAACUGGUGUGAGAAGUAACUGAUCAUACAAGUCCACGGAAGCUGCUCUAGAACCCCAACCAGAAUCUAUAAACAGUGGUUACAGCAAUAGACCCCAGAAGACCAUCAUGACGGCAGUAUUAUUAAUCCUUCUCUGUUCUUCCUUAAUCUCCGCAGGAGUUACUCUCGAAUGUGAGGUGUGUUCUUCAAGCACUGGAAACACCUGCUCAGGUCACUUUGAAAUCUGCAAAGAUCCCGAAAGCCGCUGUAUGGUGACCCUGACUGAGACCUCUCUUGGCCAAGUGAAGAGUGCAGUCCUGACGAAGGCUUGUGGAAGUUUUUAUAACUGCACUCACCUAGUGAGCCUGAGAGCCAAUGGAUAUCGAGUAAGAGUGAGCUCCAGCUGUUGUGCCACUGACUACUGCAAUAAAGGCACCGUCCCUUUGGUAGCACCCAACGUCACCCUCAAUGAACUCAGCUGCCCGUCCUGCUUUGCUAAGGAUUCAGAAUCCUGUGACGCUCACACCACUGUGAACUGCACUGGAAACGAGUAUCACUGUGUUCGGUUUUCAGUCUCUAAACAGAGAGGAUCUACCAUCAAAGUAGCUGGCUGUGCUUCAGAUAGCGUCAUCCAGUCCCAUGGAAAAGCCGCUUUUCGGGGAUCAUCAGUCCAUGUGUCCAGCUUUAGAAGUGGGAACAGUGGAGAAACCCUACAACAAGGCUCUUUGCUGAUAUCCCUGACUCUUCUCACAGUUAUAAAGAUGUUCUCAUUGUGAGACACUAAUCAAUCCCCACUUGGAAAACAUGUGAUAUCCAGAUAUUUUAUAUUUAUGAUAUAUAGCUACCACAAAAAUGUUUUAUAUAUUAUAUUGCAGCUGUCCUUGCCAAACCAAAGGCUGAACGACAUUGUUCUUGAACAGGACAUAUUAAAAUAAGACUCAGUAAAUGUUCUUUGACAAUGGUUUUGGAAUUAGAAAUGCCAGAACUGACCUAAGAAACACUUAAUACCCUAUGAUACUCUAUCUGGGACAGAGACUUAUAACAGGACUAUUCAAUAACUGUGAUGUGACUCAAGGAGGGAUGAUGGAGAAGCAAGGAACUUGGCCUCCUUUUUGCUUAUAAUAUUCUACUGAAGCUGUUUAUGUACUAUGCUACACAAAUGUAAAUUUACUAGCACUUUAUUUUAAAGUCUGGGCCUGGUUUGUAAAGCAAAGUAAAAAAUUAAGCUCCAAAUGCCCUAUUUCUAAUCUAUCCUUGAUCAACAGUUCAUCAAUAGUUCAUUAAGAUUAACAGUUGUAGCUGGAAAAGGUUCAAGGAACCUGGUCCCUCUGUACAGAUAAACUGUGAGGUGUUGUGUGACUAUUGUGGGGCACCAUUCAGUUUGCCAUACUUCUAUAUGCCCAGUUCAUUUAGUGGCUCAUAUAGGAUAUCCAUUGGGAAUGAUACUGUAAGUAAACAGGAGACAAGGGCAAACUGAUUUCCAUUCCAUAGUGUUUAAAAUGGGAUUGCCUUGGUAACCCACUUCAGUCGCACCCUAGUUCUUCAACAAACAAUGAACAGUUGCUUUAUUACAUGACAAAUGACUGCACAUUCCAUUUGUGAUCCAUACCUUUGUUGUGUUGCUGAUUAACCAGCAUUCAUGUAUAAAUGACUCCAAUGAUGAA